AUGACGGAUUUGUCGGAUCGCCCCAAGACUGAUAUCCCUGAACAAUCCACCACCACCUCAAAGAUGGCGAACCCCGACCUGCCAUCCGGCUCUCCCUCCAAUCAGCCCGACGUCACAGGACAAAGUGUCGAGGCUUCAGAUAGCAAUGCGCAUACCCUCGCAGCUGCCACCGAUACAACAACCCCCAGUCCUCCCGAGGCCGUCCCUGCUCCGGCCCAACAAGAAGACUCUUUGGUAAUUUCCCAAGAGACGACGGCGCCAUCGCCGCCCGCUAAGCACGACUACUCUGGCACUGCUAUUGAGGCGGCGACGAACGAGGACGCAACCAAGGCCAUCCCGGUCGCAUCGAAGGACGAGGGCCCCGUCUGCGUCAUAACCUUGCUGGUGACGUCGGGAAAGAAGCAUCCCUACAAGAUUGACGAGAAAUAUCUCACGAAGAGGAACGUCCACAUCCCCGGCACCACCGAGUCGGGUCACAAGGAUCCCUUUAGUAUCAGUGUGUACACUCUCAAGGAGUUAAUAUUGAGGGAAUGGCGUGAGGAGUGGGAGCCGAAACCUUCCAGCCCGACUCUUAUCCGGUUGAUUCACUUCGGAAAGCUUUUGGCCGACAAAGAUCAGCUAAAUCAGUAUAAAUUUAGCGCUGAGACCAGCAACGUCGUCCACAUGUCCGUUCGCCCUCAGGAGAUUGUCGAGGAAGACGAACCCAAGGGCUCAGGAAAAGGCGGCCGGGAUUCCAGGAGCCAGGACAGCGGAAGCCGGUGCUGUGUCAUAUUAUGA